AUGAACCAGUUUUGUGGGGAGACUUUUACUUCUUCUAAAUCCCAAGGCAACUUUUUACAACAACGAAUAAAAGGUUUUUAUACAAUGAGAACACCUUUGGAGACUUGGUGGAUAGCCAUUUUCUUCAUUCUGCUUUUUAGUGACCUCUCCUUGGUCAAGGCCAAAGGUAUAAGGCCGAGGAACAAGUCAAACAGAAAAAGCUUGCAAACCAAUCAAGCCAACCCAACCAGAGCACAGCCCUCACCCUCAAAGAGGACUUUCAUCCCAGGGACUUUCAUCAGGAAAGGCAGAAAGCUCUCCAUCGAUUUUGGGGAGGAGGGAAAUAGCUACUAUGAGGCCCAUUACAAACUCUUCCCUGAUGAAAUCCAUUAUGUUGGGUGUGCUGAGUCCAGUGAAACAAAGGAUGUCUUCAUCAGCAAUUGUGUGAAUGUCACUCACAAAGCCAACAAGCUGGAACCCCCAGAAGAAAGAAACUCAAGCGAUAUUCACUCCAGGGUUCUGGAACAAUUAAUAAAGGAAUUAUGUGCCCUCAAGCACUGUGAAUUUAGGAUACAGACAGGAGCUGGCUUUCAACCUUCUUUAGAUCAAUCCAUGAUGGUCUACUUGAUGAUUCUGACUUUCUUUAUAGUAAAAUAA